GUCCUAGGACACUUCCGCCAAGUUAAGGAUGUAUGAUGUGGAAGGCAAUGGUUUCACACGCAGUUGAGCAGUUGUUACUGCCACCAGAGAGUGGUCUUUGGUCCCGCUUCUGGCCACAUGGCCCUUUACCAGAGCUCCACGGGGGAAUCAGGCUUGUAGGACACUUCAGUGAACUGCUUUAACUCAGCUAAUGUUUUUUUGUUUGGUUGGUUUGGGCCCAGAUUAGUGAGCUAAAGCAGCCCAUCCCUGAAAGUGUUUAAGGCCAGGUUGGAUGAAGCUCUGGGCAACUUGGUCCAGUGAAAAGUGUUCCUGUCCACGGCAGGGAGGUUGGAACUAGGUGAUCUUAAAGGUCCCUCCCAACCCAGGCCAUUCAAUGAUUCUGUGAUGAUUCUGUGGAGCUUUGGAGCCACUCGAAGAAAAAAUGUAGAAGAUUUCACUGGACCUAGAGAAAGAAGUGAUCUGGGAUUUGUCACAUUUGACAUUACUGCAGAUCUGCAGAGUAUAUUUGACUGGAAUGUUAAACAAUUGUUUCUAUAUUUGUCUGCAGAAUAUUCAACGAAAAACAAUGCUCUAAAUCAAGUGGUCCUCUGGGACAAAAUCAUGUUGAGAGGAGAUAACCCAAGGCUGUCCCUAAAAGACAUGAAGUCGAAGUACUUUUUCUUUGAUGAUGGAAAUGGUCUCAAGGGAAACAGGAACAUCACUUUGACUCUUUCCUGGAAUGUUGUACCAAAUGCUGGCAUCCUACCUCUUGUAACAGGAUCAGGACAUGUGUCUGUACCUUUCCCAGAUACCUAUGAAACAACAAAAAGUUAUUAAAUUAUAGUACUGAAUCAUAAGCAAGAUAUUUUUAUACUUGUAUAUUGUGAAUACAUUUUAUUACGGUUUCUUCUCACAUCCCAUGCAACUUUUCAGUGAAAGGAACUUAAUUUCCUCAGGUCUAACAGCAUAGAAAAAGGAAAUUAAAGUUCAGGUUUCUUUUUUUUUAAAUAAAACAUUAAAGCUGAAACUUAUGGGAAAGGUAAAUUGCAGAGUAAUGGUUUUGGGAGGCGGAACUGAGGAUUUUUUUAUUUUUUUUCCUGGCCAUCUGGGUAUAGAGCUCUUUUUCUUUUAAAUAAAUAUUUUUAAACCAGAA